AUGCCUGUCGCUGCCCGCAACCGAACAACAUCGGCGCGCAAAAAGGCCAAGCUGGACGUGCCACCCCAUGUAUCGGCUACCAAUACAUCACAGACGCCGCCAUUACCUCAAGGGCACGCCACAAACGACAAGGAGGACGCCUCACAAGCUGAUGCCGAGCUAGGUGUCAGUGCGAGCUCAUCCGCAUCGUCUCGUGUCAAGUCUAAACGUACAGCUGCCCCGCCACGCACUCCCAACCAGUCCGCCGUGCAAGCCACGUCGACUCCAUCCGUGCUUGGCACUCCAGCGCCACAACCACCUCCCCCUAACACCGAAUCUGACGCAAAGAGCUCUCGAUCAAAAUCAACGAGCGCAAAAGCGAAAGCGAGAGCGAAAGCCAGCUUCGAAGACGCCGACCACCUCUCUGCCACCACUCUGGCAAAGACCACCGGAUCAGCAUCACGAAAUGCAAACCGAAAAUCGAAAGUCGAGCUCGAACAGGAUGACUACGAUGAUCAAGACAGCCUCCCAAGUGGCAAGACCUCGGACCUCGACGUGUACGCUCAACAAGGUCCGCUCAGCACCCUCAACCGGAUCCAGAUCAAAACACGAAAACCGCGGUCCCUACGUUCGCUCUGGUUACAAGGUGUGUAUCAGCCUCCCUUCUUUGGCAUUCCACCUGCAAAGCUCGUAUCUCUCGUGUCCAACGACGACGCCGACUCGCAGCCCGAACAAGUGCGCAACCGUUCCCCUGCAAAUGCACUCAUGUGGCCCAACAAUGGACUUGCAAAGACUUGGCUUGACUCGGCCGCAUACGCUCGCAUAAAAAAGGAGCUCCUUCAGUUCUGGCUCGGUCAAGUCGGAUGGGUUCCCAAUCAAGGCAUCUACGAUUGCGGUUGGUUUCCCGGCAAAGCGUUUGGUUGGGCGCAAAAUCUCGAGAGAUCCAGAUGGGCGCAAGACGCCAGACGACACCUCGUUUCAAAACAAGCUACUGCCAACAAUGUGGUCGCACUAGGAAACCUUCCCGGAUGGCCUUUCGUUCAACCCUGGAUCAACAUGCAGUUCCAAAAUCUCACCCUUCUCUCCAGCAAAGACGCGCAGGUAUUCCUCAAAGACACCACAACGCCACAGCAAACUGCACUGCGUCACCCGACCACCGUCAUGAAACUCGCCGUGCCCGAACUCAACAUGCGAAGCCGACUCAAGCCAAGCACGAUCCGCGACACCUCCAACACUGCUUCAUCCAGGCGCACAAACACCGUGGCUGGCGGUGGUGCGCAAAUCGAGGCCGACGCAGAUGAAGACGACGAGGCAGCUGCAGCAGCCGACCAAGACCAAGAGGCCAUCGCGGCGCUCGAUGCCAACCAAGAGCCGAUCGAUCUGUCCGAUGCCAGAUUUGCCAACAUUGCCAACCUCGGAUUCCAGGAAAACGGCCCCAUAUGCGGCGACGUACUGCAUCUAUCCGUCGGACCGCCCGAUCAAGAGGUACCCGUGCAGAUUGCAAAAGGCACUUCGAGACGGCUAGACAGUCUCGGCGUGGUGCCUGAUCAAGGUCACCUAAUGAACGCCGGCGGUCACGUGUAUGCUCUGGAUUGGGUCCCCGUGCCCGUGCAUCUGAAUACGGGCAAGGAGUACUUUGUCGUUUCGGCAGCAGCUUCCAACGCGCCCAUCACAAUGAUCGGUGCGAAACAGCAGGCAAAUUUGCGAGCCAGUUUGCAGAUCUGGAGCGUGUCUCCCGACUCGGCGGCAAGUUCAGCCAAGGGUGAAGCUCGAUUGGACAUGGUCAUCUGUCACCAAGCUGGAACGGCAUUCAAACUCGCCUGGUGCCCUAUCGGAUACGACUACGGUGAAGCCAGCAGCAGCGACGAUAACAGCGAGCAGCAGACCUCGAUCCAUCGCCUAGGCGUCUUGGCGGGCUGCUUUGCCGAUGGAAGCGUGAGCGUGUUUUCGAUUCCACAUCCGGAGUGCGUCGCACGCAAACACACAAAAUCGCGCUCGGAUGAGCCAAUCUACGUUGAACUCGAGCCGAUCGUGAAGUUGGAGCAUCCACUUGAAAGCGCAACGAGCGUCUGCUGGGCGGGAGGCGAAAUGAUCGCGUUGGGAGGAUCCAAAGGGUGGUUAGGCGUUUGGAAUAUUGGGCGCAUGUUGCGUUGCGAGCAUGCAGUGACACAGGUGGCUGCACCAGACUACGUGGUUCGAGCGCACAGGUCGGCGAUUACCGAUGUAGCGUUCAUCCUGUUGCCGCGCAUUUCAGCGGACGGAAUUGCAGUGCACGCCUCGCUGCCGAUGACACUGUUUACUGUUUCGCUGGAUGGCUUGACAUCGUUGGUCGAUCUAUCGCGUUGUGAAGCUGGCCCGAUCGAGCGCAGUCGAACCGUGCACUACUGCUGUGCGUUUUCGGCAUUCUCGGGUGGCUCGCUCGUACACGAGCACGCCGAUGGGUCCGUGGCGCACUACUCGCUCCGUCCGGAAGAGAUGCUUCGUGCACGAACCAUAUCGCACACUCCGUCGCGCGUCAUGGCGCUAUCAGCAUCAGAUCACCACCCCAUGCUCGCCAUGGCUACUGCACACGGUGAACUGAAACUCGCCAACUCGCUUAGAACGCUAAAGCGAAAUCAGAGAUUUCACCUACCCGUCUUUCAACAGAUCCUAGAUAGAUCCACUGGUCGUCUGGUGCUAAGACACCAUCUCUUGCCAGAUUCAGCUAGCUUGGCAGAACCCAGAUGCUGGCACUUGGCAAAUUGGCAUCCCAAACUGGGCGUCACUGCGGUCAGCUGGAAUCCAAACUUGGCACGGGCAUCCUUGCUCCUCAGUGGCUCGGCAACGGGGAUGCUCUCGGUACAUGUCAUGUCACCCCCCUACGAGACAGCUUGA